AUAAUCUUUCAGUUGAUCCACAACUUUGCUCCAUAUAGUGUUUUAUUCUGUCAGCAUGUGUACAGUGUUUCUGUGUGCUCUUAAACAUACACUCAGCGUCUGUACAGGCAACUUCAGACAUGUUCCUAAAUCACGCAUUUAUCCUUACACAACACACACACACACACACACAAGUUCAGAAACUCCUGUCUGCAAUGAUCUGGCUGUAAAUGUCAAACCUGGACUCCUGUUCACAUUAUUUGUGUGUGUGUGUGUGUGUGUCUGCUGUUUUAUAAAUAAUUUAAAGCAGUAGUAUUAGCAUAUUUCUGUAACAUGGCGAUGAACACAUCCGUUUCUUCACACUUCUCCGCUUAUAAUUUGGGGUUUUAGCAGAGCUUUUACACUUGGCUGCUCUGACUCAGUGUCUUUGUCUAAUCUCUCACGCUGAGGAAACGUCUCCACCACAGUCAGAGAGACAUGAUGGCCGUCUGUCUCGCUGUCCGAGUGUGUGUGUGUGUGGCUGGCUGGAGGGUUUAAAAACCGUCCACUGGCUCUGUCACUCCACAGAAGCCUCAGAGGUACAUGGGACUGAAGAGCUGCUCACAGUACAGUAAUAAUGGAAAGGCAGGUGUCUUUGCUGCUGCUGUGUGUGUUGAGGAUCACUGAAGCUUUUCCUGUUUCCUCACAGCUGAGUUUGGCUCCGUCCCAAUCCUCCCCUGGCUAUACCCUCCUGGUCCCUGUUAGGGUUCUUGGCUUAAAUGGACCACAGUUGGUUCUAGUACCAGUGAAUACUGACUGGAGAACACAGAGGAACCAGAACCCACCGGCUCAGCCUGAACAGACACUCACAGUACCCGAGCAGCAACACAUGACGAAUCAGAACUUGUUGGAAAAUCAGAAUGUGAACAAUCCAUUCCUGCAGCUACCAACAGUCUCACCUGACACACCCUUACCUGAGAAUCCCCUCCCACAGGGACAGGUGUUGCCACCAGUCUGGAACUCCAUUCCUGGUGUGGUCCCUCUGCAGCCUGGAGUGACUGACCAGAUUUUUGUCCCUGUGUGGGCGCCGCCUGCUGGAGGAGCAGCUGGAGGACAGAGACAGGUGGUGUCUGUUGCUCAGCCAGCAGCACUGUCCAAUUCCGCAAGCUCAGAGGAGGGUGAUGCUCAGGUGAUCUACAUAUUGCCGAUCAGUGCUGAGAUUCCUAACAUGGGAAUAGUGGAGGGAGGACAGGGUGGUGUUGAUGCUGAACUAAGCCCUAAUCCCAACGCUAACCUUCACCUUAAACCUGAGACCAACCCUAAUCCUGACCCUAACCCAGGUCACCUGCAGCUCCACCCCACCUCUGCCCCAGGCCCUGCCCCUGGCACCACUCCUAGCCCUGUCCUUCCUGCAGGUGUCCAGGAAACAACUUACCCUCUUGGAAAAGUGCCCCCUAGUAUGGGUGCAGGUCAGAGGACACAAACCUGAGGCUUGGAUGGGUGGAUGUGCACACACACACACACACACACAUGAUUUGAUUUUGGUGUAUUUUGAUGGCCCAUGUUAAUUUGUUCCUAAAUUUUAAUUGAAAUUAUAAAAUUGUAAUAAAAUCAUUCUGUAAACUGUGAACUCAUUUUCUUUUAGUAAGUUAAAGAUGUUUUUG